AAUUUUAGUUGAUUUAAAGCAUUCAUUGGAAGUAUUUAAGAGAACAGUCGGAAUCGUGCAGAAGACCAUUUCAAGAAACCUAAAAUGGAUAACACAAUUGAAUUGUGUGAAUUGUCAUCGGAAUCAAAUGGAGCAAGAAUUUUAUUUUCAACCGAUGAUUUUUUUGGUAUAGCUGAAAAUCUAAUUAAUGAGGUAGAACCAAAUAUUAAAUGUAGUCAUCCAGAUGCAUGGUUAACCAGAAGAAAACGAAGGAAUUGGAAACCUGAUUUUACAAUUAUUCAGUUAGCAGCAAGAGCUGAAAUAUAUUUCAUUUCCGUAGAUACUAUUUAUCUUACUGGCAAUAUUCCGGUCCAAUUUUCUGUACAAGCCUCCCAAUUAUUAACAACAGAUGUUGACACUCUCGAGGAGUAUCAAGAUCGUUUCAAUAGAAGGGGCAGACCUAUCACCAACGUAGAGCCGCAUAUUAGGCACCUUUAUUCAGAGACAUGGCCGUAUUUAAUCUCAUGGCAAACUCUAAAUUCCGGUUAUCCAUCAAUGAGUAAGAAGUUUUUUAUGAUACCAUCGACAGGACAAGAUUAUACUCAUCUGCGACUCAAUAUCUUUCCCGACGGGGGUAUAAGUAGACUAAGUGUUUACGGAAAAGUAUUGAGACCCAUACAUAUGCCAUCUCAAAAUUGGCUUAUUGAUCUUGUUUCGAAUAUUUAUGGUGGUAAUUGUAUAGCAUAUAGUAGUUGUUAUAACAAUACACACCCUAACAAUAUGAUCAAGCCUGGAGCAAGUCUUGCCAUGCAGGACGGAUGGCAAACUGCAAGAAGUCGUUUUAGAAUUGAUGAUUUCGCUCAACCAUUUAACUUUAAUCAGUUCGGGGAAGAAUGGGCAAUAUUUCAAUUAGGAUAUAGUGGUAAAAUUGCUUCUAUUAAGUUUGAAAUCUGCUCUCAAUGGGACAAACCGUACGUUGUACGAGUGCAAGGACUUAGAGAAGGCGUUACGUUAAAUAUAUUAAAUGAAAAUGAUAUAAAUAAUCCACCAUGGCAGAAUAUUAUACCGUAUACCUUUUCGGAACUAUACUGGGAUCUCAAGAAGAUGGAUGUAACAGAAUUGUGCGAAUUAUCAUCCGAAACAAAUGGAGCAAAAAUUUUUUUUUCAACGGAUGACUCAUUCGGUGUAGCUGAAAAUCUAAUUAAAGAAAGAGAACCAAAUAUAAACACAGUAAAUGUAACAUUUAAACCGGAUGCAUGGUUAACCAGAAGAGUACGACACGGAAUGUGCAAUUUUGUGAUUAUUCAAUUAGCAGCAAGAGCUGAAAUACAUUUCAUUUGCAUAGAUACUGCUUCUCUUGUCGGGGAUGUUGCGUUACUAUUUUCUGUGCAAGCUAAAUCACUUGUAACAGGUGAUGAGGUUUAUCAAAAUCGUUUUAAUAGAAUAGGCACACAUGCUAACCUCGAGGAAUGGUUGCGUAUUGCAGGAUUUAACUCACAGAGAUGGCCGCUAUUAAUCUCAUGGCAACCUUUAAAUCCCGGUUAUCCAUCAAUGAAUAAGAAGUUUUUUAUAAUACCAUCGACAGGACAGGAUUACACUCAUCUGAAGCUCAAUAUCUAUCCAGACGGGGGUAUAAGUAGACUACGUGUUUACGGAAAAGUGUUGGGAUCCAUUCCCGUGUCACCAGAUCGAGAAUCUACUAUUGAUCUUGUUUCAAAGAUUUAUGGUGGUAAUUGUAUAGCAUAUAGUAGUUGUUAUAACAAUACACAUCCUAAUAACUUGAUCAAGCCUACAUACAGUAUUAGCAAGAAAGACGGAUGGCAAACUAUGAGAAAUUUUAUGAGAUCCACUGCAGGCUUCCCACGUCCUCCUAUUCGAACUCGAUUCAAUCAGAUAAUCGGGGAAGAAUGGGCUAUAUUUCAAUUAGGAUAUAAUGGUAAAAUUACUGCUAUUUUAAUAAAUACAGUAGGCUUCAAAGGGAACAGUCCGUACAUUGUACGAGUACAGGGACUUAGAGAAGGCAUUAUAAUAAGUGAUAGAACUGAUAUAUGUAAUAAACCAUGGUUGGAUAUUGUACCGUUUACCAUCGUGAAUGAAGGUUCUAGCCAACAACUUAUUAUUGGAAAUGAACAUCAAAACAUAAGAAUGGCUUAUGUGAAACUUACGAUUAAACCGGAUGUCAGAACUAUGCAGGGAUCUCAUAGGAAUAUCUCAUCAGGGAUAAACAUAACAGAAUUGUGCGAAGUGUCAUCCCAAACAGUAAUUUCUUUUUAUAAUAAUGGGGCAUUAAUUUUAUUUGCAUCUGAUGAUUUUUUCGGUGUAGCUGAAAAUCUACUUCAACAGAGUGAACCAAUUAAGGACAAUUUAAAUAUAGCACUGGAUGCAUGGGUAACCAGAAGACUUAGAGAGCAAAUUCCCCAAUUCGUGAUCAUUCAAUUAGCAGCAAGAACUAUAGUACAAUUCAUUUGCGUAGAUACCACUUCUCUUGUCAGCUCCAAUGUUGCGCUUCAAUUUUCUGUACAAGCCCUCAAUUUAUGUUCAAGAGAACUUCCUAUUUAUCAAAAACGUUUCAAUGAAGCCACUCCUCUUAGCGUAGGCAGACGUGCUACCAGGGCUGAAUGGAUAAAAAUUAACAAACUUGAAUCAAAGGAAUGGCCAUAUUUAAUCUCACAACAACCUUUAGAUCCUGGUUAUUCAUCGAAGAAUAAGAAGUUUUUUAAGAUAUCAUCAAUAGGAAGAGAUUGCACUCAUCUGCGACUCAAUAUCUAUCCAGACGGGGGUAUAAGUAGACUACGUGUUUACGGAAAAGUGGAGCCCAAUCCAAUCCGAUCAUCACCUCAAAAUCCUCUUAUCGAUCUUGUUUCGCAGAUUUAUGGUGGUAAUUGUAUAGCAUAUAGUAGUAGUUAUAACAAUACGCAUCCUAAUAACUUGAUCAAGCCUUCAAAAAGUAUUAACAUUAAGGAUGGAUGGCAAACUGCGAGAAGUCUUAUUAGAUCUACAGAAGACUUCUCAGAUAAUCCAGAUAUAUCUGACUUCAAUAAGAUAAUCGGCGAAGAAUGGGCUAUAUUUCAAUUGGGUUAUAGUGGUAAAAUUGUUAAUAUCAUGCUCGAUACAACAUGCUACGAAGGGGAUAGUCCGUACGUUGUGCGGGUGCAGGGACUUACCAAAAUUGAUGAUACAACUGAUAUAAAUAAUAAACCAUGGCAGAAUAUUAUACCGUAUACCCUCGUGAAUGAAGGUUCUAAGCAAGAAAUUACUGUUCAACAUCAAAAUAUGAAAAUGGCUUAUGUGAAACUUUCAAUUAAACCGGAUGGUUGCAUAUCUAGAUUUCGAGUUUUUGGAUAUAAAUUUUAA